CGCGGGAACGGAGACGCGUCCCCCGGUGGAGAGGGUCACUGCUCCCACUCCUCCGGGUGUCGACUCCUCCCGCCCGGAGGCAGUGAGCAGCUCGUUGUCUCAAACUGACGAGAGGAUCUUUUACAUCCAGUCUUCGUUCGUCACUGAGACCCGAGGAUGGUUCGCGCGUCAGGAGCAGCAGCCAAAAGGCGCACGUGUGGAUUUUAACCGUCGCCGACCUUCGGCCACUUUCCGUCGAGGACACGAAUCGAAACGAUGGGGAACCACACGACGACGUGGAGUAAUCUCACCCAAGUUCUGUCGGAGGAGCUGGACGGUGAGGAGGAGUGGGGGGAGGAGGAGGAGGAGGAGGAGGGGGCGGGGGGCGGCGGACUGCGCGUCCUCGUCGGCUGCGUCCUCUUCCUGCUCAUCGUGUCCACGCUGCUCGGGAACACGCUGGUGUGCGCCGCCGUGGUCAAGUUCCGCCACCUGCGCUCCAAGGUCACCAACUUCUUCGUCAUCUCGCUGGCGGUGUCCGACCUGUUCGUGGCCGUGCUGGUGAUGCCCUGGGAGGCCAUCACCGAGGUGACGGGCACGUGGCUGUUCGGGCGGUUCUGCGGCGUCUGGAUCGCCUUCGACAUCAUGUGCUCCACGGCGUCCAUCCUCAACCUGUGCAUCAUCAGCGUGGACCGCUACUGGGCCAUCGCCAGCCCGUUCAAGUACGAGCGGAAGAUGACCCACCGGGUGGCGUUCGUCAUGAUCGGGGUGGCGUGGACGCUGUCCAUCCUCAUCUCCUUCAUCCCCGUGCAGCUCAACUGGCACCAGGCGGGGGAGGAGGCGGUGGCGGUGAUGGCCGCCGGCGGCAGCAACUCCACCAACAGCAGUGACCUCGGCGGCAGCUCGGCCGCCAAGAGCUGCGUCGCCAACUUGAACAAGACCUACGCGAUAUCCUCGUCCUUCAUCAGCUUCUACAUCCCCGUGGUGAUCAUGAUCGCCACCUACACCCGGAUCUACCGGAUCGCUCAGACCCAGAUCCGACGGAUCACAGCUCUGGAGCGAGCGGCGGAGCAGGCGCACAACCAAGGCCACGGCGUGAACCGCAACCAGCCGCCGCAGCAGCCGCACAGGCCCAACGACGAGGCCACGCUGAAGUCAUCGUUCAAGAAGGAAACCAAAGUCCUGAAGACGCUCUCCAUCAUCAUGGGCGUGUUCGUCUUCUGCUGGCUGCCGUUCUUCGUCCUCAACUGCACCGUCCCGUUCUGCGACCCGCCGUGCGUCAGCGACACCACCUUCACCGUCUUCGUCUGGUUCGGCUGGGCCAACUCGUCCCUCAACCCCGUCAUCUACGCGUUCAACGCCGACUUCCGCCGGGCGUUCGCCACCAUCCUCGGCUGCAACAGAAUCUGUCCCAACAACGCGGUGGAGGCGGUGAACUUCAGCAACGAGCUCGUGUCCUACCACCACGACACGACGCUCCACAAGGAGGCGCUGGUGCCCGCGCAGCCGCAGCAACACCCGCACACCGUCAGCGUGGCGAGCGCGCUCUUCGACGACGAGUCGCUCGUCUCCAACGGCUCGCGCAGCCACGGCAACAGACUCCUGCUGCUUCCCGCCAACGUCCAGCUGGAGGACGACCAUGAGAUCUCCUUGGAGACAAUCACGGCGUUCACCCCGGCCGCGGCGCUGGACAGCGAUGUAAUGCCCGGACAAGUGCACCAGGAUGAAUAGAGGCCGAAACCUGCGCGGGGCCGACGGCCAUAACUGAACAGGAAGUGGAGCCGUACGUCCUUCAAAACAAAAGCGUUAACUUCAGUCCGGAUGAAAUCGGACUUUGGAAUCAUUUUGUGGAUGAAAAGCCAAAUAUCAGAAAUGAACGGAUCUUUCUAUGUUUGAUGUUUUUGCUUAAUUGAUGCUUGUCGUGUGAGCUCGUUCUUAUCACACUGAUGUUUGUUCAAGUGUACGGCUGCAACUAACGGUUGCUGUCAUUAUCGAUUAAUCUGCCGAUUAUCUUCUCGAUCAAUCAGUUGUGAGGUUCAUAAAAUGUCAUAAAUGGCGAAAAAUAGUG